UUUUUUCCUUUCCCUCUCUGCACAGAGCUCCAUGAGGGACCUGCACAAGUCUGAGGUGCUGGGGAGCAAGCGCGGCCUGGGGAUGUCAUGGCGGCCGCAGUACCGCAGCUCCAAGUUCCGGAAUGUUUACGGGAAGGCGGCGAGCCGGGAGCACUGCUUCGACGGAAUCCCCAUCACCAAGAACGUCCACGACAACCAUUUCUGCGCCGUCAACGCGCGCUUCCUGGCCAUCGUCACCGAGAGCGCCGGCGGCGGCUCCUUCCUCGUCAUCCCGCUGGAGCAGGUGAGAUUCCCAAUGGGAAUUCCUACAUGGAGCCAUCCCAAAAUGUCCGAAUAUUUGCCUGGUUUGGAUUCCCAAAGUGUCCCAAUUCCUUCUGCUUUUACUGGGGUUUCCUCAUCAUCCUGCUGGAGCAGGAAUUCCCAAAAAAGUGUCCAGAUCUCCUUUUACUGGCGUUUCCUCAUCAUCCUGCUGGAGCAGUGUCCCAAUUCCUACUCCUUUUACUGGGGUUUCCUCAUCAUCCCGCUGGAGCAGGUGCGGAUCUGGGAGAUUCCGGAGGGAGGGCUGAAGCGGAACAUGACGGAGGCGGUGCUGGAGCUGUACGGGCACAGCCGGCGCGUGGGGCUCGUGGAGUGGCACCCCACCACCAACAACAUCCUCCUCAGCGCCGGCUACGACUACAAGGUGCUGAUCUGGAACCUGGACAUCGGCGAGCCGGUGAAGAUGAUCGACUGCCACACGGACGUGAUCCUCUGCAUGUCCUUCAACACCGACGGCAGCCUGCUGGCCACCACCUGCAAGGACAAGAAGCUGCGCGUGGUGGAGCCGCGCUCCGGGAGGGUCCUGCAGNUGGAAUUGCGUGGAUGGCUGAUCCCGGUGCUCUCCGCAGGGGUGAUGCCGAAGCACGGCCUGGACGUCUCCGCCUGCGAAGUUUUCCGUUUCUACAAACUCAUCACCCUCAAGGGGCUCAUCGAGCCCAUCUCCAUGAUCGUCCCCAGGCGGUCGGAGACGUACCAGGAGGACAUUUAUCCCAUGACUCCGGGCACGGAGCCAGCCCUGACCCCGGACGAGUGGCUCAGUGGGGUCAACAGAGAUCCCAUCCUGGUGUCGCUGAAGGAGGGGUACAAGAGGAAUUCCAAGAUCGUCUUCAAGGCGCCGGUGAGGGAGAAGAAAAGCGUGGUGGUCAACGGGAUCGACCUCCUGGAGAACGUCCCACCCCGCACGGAGAACGAG